UAGCUAUGUGACACUCUUCCUGCUGUUUGUAAGACACGGUUUGGAAGGAGAGAAAUCUGUCAUUAUGUUCUAGCUGCUAGAGGAAGUCACCAGCUCUGGGCUCUUGGACAGCAAAAUUAAACCUUUUAAGUAUACUUACCUAUUACUGAGAAGACCAUGGAUUGGAUGUUUCACUAGUGUGUUCAACAGUGCUGGAUGGUUGCAAUUAGGAGAAACACUGCAGCAUUUGGAUGGAGUGCUAAAUGUGUGGAAUCAGAUCUGACCUUUAUGAAAUAAAAUAUUUGCUGAAUAUUUGUCAUAAGGUUAUAGCACGAUACCGGAGCACCACCCAGGAUUAGGGUACUGCCAGCUAAGGUUUCCAGGCAAUACAAUAUGGCAGGAUUAAUAGACCUGUGGAGUGCAACCACAUUCCCUCAUUACUUUUGUCUGUAAAAUUAUAGUCUGGUUUGAAAACUCAAGACAAAACCAGGAUGGAUGCAAAAAAGAAAGAGAUGGACCUUUUGAGCAACAGUAUUGCGGCAUAUGCUCACAUAAAAGAUAAUCCUGAGAAGUUCGGCCUCUACUUUGUCAUUGGUGUGUGUUUUGGCCUGGUGCUUACCCUCUGUCUGUUAGUAAUACGAAUUUCCUGCAAACCCCGGACUACACCUGCGCCACCCACUCCAGAAAGAAAACAGCUGAAGGACUUUUGUGAAGAUGAUGAAGAUGAAGAUAGUGAUGAGGAGGAGGAGGAAGAGGAGGAGAAUGAGGACAAAGUAGGAGAUGUGGAGGCUACUAUUACCAACUGCAGCACAGAGUUCCCCAUGGGCAACCACCACAGCACAUUGGAUGGAAAUGUGAAUGUGUUUACCUCAGCAGAGGAGUUGGAACGAGCCCAGCGCUUGGAAGAGAGAGAGAGGAUCAUCAGGGAGAUCUGGAGAAAUGGACAACCAGACAUCCUGGGCACAGGAACCAGCACCAUUGGAAGGGUGCAUUAUUAUUAAUACUCAUUAGAAUUGAAUGUGGUCACAGAACAAGACUUUUAAAGAAAAUCUUGGACUCUAAUGUAUUUAGAGUGUUCAAGUCCACAUGUAGAACAGUGGCAAGCACAAUUACUGCACAAGAGCUUACUUUGGUGCUAUGUUGUUCAAUGAGACAGAUGUUGAGGAGAAUAUCCUAGUAGAGAAUAUAGCAGUUUUUAAAUGCACUCAUAAGAGUCACAUUCCCCCUAAUGUACUUUUUCAGGGUUGAGAAUCAGGUUUUGUACAUUGAUGUUAUCAUGAUUUCUAGUGGUCAGCCAUUUGCACCACUCCACUAUGCCCUUUUUUUAGAUUGUUUUUUAUUUUACACUUUCAACCUUUAUUUUUGUGUAAAUAGUGUUGUUAAUAUCAUGCAAAGUCUUAUACUACACCAGUAAAUUCGUAUAUCACAUCAGUAUCACAUUUAUACUGACAUCAGAGCCCUAUAAUUGGCAUUAUUUUUUGUUGUUCAACAUAUAUCUUCUUUGUUUGUUUGUUUGUUUGUUUGUUUGUUUGUUUGUUUGUUUGUUUUAACAAAGCUAAGGCAGUUGGGUUUGUCAAGUAGUUUAUCAAGUACCAAAUGCCUCUAUCAUUGGUGUUGCAUUUUAUUCCAUGAAAAGAUCCAACAUUGCUUAACAUUUUUAUAUGGGCCAAAAUCAUAGUGUCCUCUUUGUGAACAGACCAAUAAACUUUC